AUGUCUCAUAAACUCUGGUCACCACCUUCAGGCAUUCAUACAAAUAUUGAUGAUUUUCGACAUAUUAUUGUAAAGAAAUAUCAAGUUCCAUUGGAAACAUAUUGGGGAUUAUAUGAAUGGUCUAUAAAUCAUAUUUCAAAAUUUUGGGAAGAAUUUUGGUUAUAUAUUGAUAUUAAAUAUUCAGUACCAUUCGAACAAAUAUUGGAAGAGAACAAGAAAAUGGAUGAAAUUCCUCGUUGGUUUUUGGGUGCACGACUUAAUUAUGCUGAAAAUUUACUUCGUUUCAAAGAUAAUCGAAUUGCUAUCUAUGCAUGCAGUGAAGGAGAUCCAUCAAUCAAAACAAUGACAUUUGCUGAAUUAAAUGAAAGUGUUCGUCGUUAUCGUGCAGCACUUCAACAUGUCGGUGUUACAGUGGGUGAUCGAGUUGCAGUUUAUCUUCCCAAUAGUGCUGAAGCAUUAAUUAUUUGUCUAGCAACAGCUAGUCUUGGCGCGAUAUUUAGUGCAGCAUCAGCAGAUUUUGGUGUACUUGGUGUUACUGAACGCUUCAGUCAGAUUGAACCUAAAGUAAUAUUCGGUUGUAAUGCUGUUGUUUACAAUCGAAAAAUUCACGAUGCAUUAGUUAAACUAAAAGAUUGUGUACUUGCAUUACCAACAUUACAACAUGUUGUUGUUAUAUCAUAUGUAUCUAAUUAUUCCAUGGAUCUUAGCGGAAUUCCAAAUAGGUAUUAG